AUGUAUAAACCUCCGAGUGGCGACUUGGAAGGAGAAGUCGCCGAUGCAGAUAAUCUUAUCAUUUGCACCCCACAACGGGGAUCAGGAGCGGGGAUUGAUGUCGAAGGCACUCUGUUUCUGGAGCAGUUUGCUCUCUCUGGGACGCCGGUUACUGUGGGUGUUGAGCGAGGAUCAAGUUCUGGUGGUUCGCGGACUCCAUUGAUGACCCCAAACCAGGCAACAGAGAUGUUUUUUGAGAGUGGGGGGGACGCACAUUUGGUGAUCGAGAAGAUGAAAGAUCGGGUCAACCACCUGCCGAACUACACCUUUAAGUACAGCGUGGAAAACGGCGAAAUUCGACACAUGUUCUGGGCGGAUGAAAUUUCCAAGGUCAACUAUCAGGCUUUCGGCGACGUCCUCGCAUUCGACGCUACUUAUCAAACCAACAAGUACAAUCUGAUCUUCGUUCCGUUUACCGGGGUUGACAACAACAAGCGAUGCGUCACUUUUGGAGCGGGGCUAUUGUUUUGUGAGACAAUUGAGGCCUACACGUGGCAGUUAAGGGCUUUCCUCGACACGCACAACAAGCAGCCCACCCUGGUGCUAACUGACCAAGACCCGGCCAUGCGGCAAGCAGUGGCUGCUGUGUUUGAUCGUUCACUCCAUCGCCUGUGCAUGUGGCACAUCAUGAAGAAACUACCUGCGAAGAUUACAGGAGAGGUCGCGCAUAACACUGAAUUCAGGGCUGCCGUUCACAAACUGGUGUGGAACAUUUAUAUUAAACCGGGGACAUUCGAGAGGAGAUGGGGGAAGCUUCUAGAGAAGUAUGGGCUUGAAGGUCACGAGUGGCUGAGAGACAUGUACAACAUAAAGGAGAUGUGGGUCCCGGCAUACUUUAGAGAAAUCCCAAUGUCAUGUUUGAUGAAGACUACGUCCCGGUGCGAGAGUUCGAACUCUACGUUUAAGGUGAGCUCGUCCUGGGCGAACACCCUUGUCCAGUUUUUUUUGUGUUAUGACUCCACGAUGGAGUCCCAACGCUAUAGGCAGAGGGUUGGGGACUUCAAGGCGGAUGAUCGCGCACACGACUUCAGAUCUGGUUUGGCGAUAGAGAAGCACUGCGCAUUAUUGUAUUCCCCGGCCAUAUUCAUCGAGGUCCGCAAAGAGAUCCUGAAGGGCCUUUUACACUGCUAUACUAUCGGGGUCGAAGUAGUCGACGGGAGAAAGGUUUAUACUGUUACGCAUUUGGACAAGCGUUCCGAUGUCGUCAAUGAAUUCACGGUUAAAGUGGACCCAGUCGAGGACACUACAACAUGCUCAUGUAACCUUUGGUGCCGUAUUGGAUACCUUUGCAGGUAUGGGGUAGACUUGUCUCCGGUUUCGUUGACCAGGAACACCCUAGUGGACUGCUUUUCUGAAGCGUUUGAGGCUGUGAUGGGCGACCGGGCAGCGAUGGAGGAUUUCGUUGAGAAAAUCAAAGGCUGGACAAAAGAAUUCAAUGAUGAUCGACGUGGUAAAAGAGUCGCCGAGGCAACAGAGUCACAGGUUAUGGCUGAUAUGCUAGGCGUGGUGGUGGAAGAUGAGGAGAGCACCCCCGUUUCCUGCUCCAAUCCUCAAGGCGUACGCAAUAAGGGAUGCGGGACAAACAAACGCAUGAUUGGGCCGGGUGAGAGGGCAGUCCAGAACCACCAAAAGCCCAAGCGAUUGUGCAGAACAUGCAACCGAUUUGUAACCGGGCAUGACUCCCGCAACUGCCCAGAGAAACGCAAGACUGCAGAACCUUAG